AUGACGCGGAGCUGGCGGCUGGUGCUGGCGCUGGCGGCCGUGCUCUGCGGCGCGCACGGCUGCCCGGACGAGCGGUGGACGCAGAGCGGCAGCCACUGCUACCGCGUCUUCGAGGAACUCCAGGAGAACUGGCCUGACUCGGAGGGCCUGUGCGAGCCGUGGGACACGCUGGCCAACAUCGGCAACAGCGACACCAACGCCCUGCUGGCACAGCUGAUCGGCGCCAGCUCGCUGCCCGAGGCCUGGAUCGGCCUCACCAACAUCGGCACCGAGGACCGCGUCUACGAGUGGACCAGGUGGCCGCAGCCUCUCAACUUCACGGCCCGGAACCGCGAGCUGAGGAACUCGCUUGGCUGA